ACAAAUCCCUGUAAUCAAUAGUCAGUACGCAUACUGGAUCCUCGUAUUCUGGUUGGGGGACGGGAGAAGAGACUUGACCUGUCUCUCUGUAGCCGGCACGGCGUUCGAGGAGUCGAAGCAUAAACGUUCACCUCCAACCUCGGAAGGAUCGUGAUCGUGUAGAUCGUGAAGAUCGAGCAGACGACGCUACGAUGGCGGCCAGCAACAGUAGCAGUACAGAGAGAUCGGCGAAAGCGGGAAACGCAUCAGGUUCAUCAUCUUCAACAUCGAUAUCCCCACAUCCAUCAUCUUCGUCAUCAUCACAACCCAAAGCCUCUCCAUCUUCAUCUUCAUCUUCAUCUUCACCUUCAACAGCGACGGCCACCGAUCCGACCUUUUUUUCCCGAUUCGAUACCCCCUAUGACGACGAGACGGAUGAGACCAGCGUUCGGAAAUGGUUCGAUUUCCUCUCUUCCUGCGCACGCGGGAUCCCACCUUAUGAUCAGACCCCGGAACGACCCCCUUUGACGAGAGAGCUGGUUAGGCAGGUCAAGGGGAUCGUGGAUAGCGAAGAAGAGGAAAUCGAGGUUGAUAAAGAUGAAGAUGAGAUGGAUGGAGAGGAGGGAGAAGAGGAUAGAGAUCAGGAUCAGGCGAACGACGAGGAAAGUUCACGGUCGACGAGGACGAACCCGUUGGAUUACGUCUACAAGGACUUGGAUGACGAUUUGGCCAGGCAGAUCAGGGACUUUUAUUGUCGAACCGGUUACCUCCCUUCGCCCCGGACUCCCGAGGAAGAUCUGAGGGAACAGAUUCUCGUGGAAUACGACCUCCAUAGCGAGAAACAGAUCAACAACUUUCAAGCCUCCAUCGACCUCGUCUCUGCCUUUUUCCCGGGGACUCUUUGUGCGUUCACGCUCUUUCGCGAUCGAAGGGAACAUCAUUACGCGCUCUCUGGACCGGAGGAAGUGAAAAGGGCGUUCAAGAGGGCAAAGUUCCCGGCGGGGCAGAGCCUCAGUGGGCAUUUUCAGAGGGAUCAGUUGUUCUUGCAUCAUCCCCUGAGGAGACUCGGGAUAAAGAGUUUCUUUGGACGGACGGUCAAGCUCGAGCUCGAUCUGGAUCCGGUUCCCGGGAGGCCGCAAGAUGAGGAACUUGAAAGCAAGAUCAACCUGGGGAUCGGGACGUUGAACGUGUAUUUCGUCGAGGAGAAGAUCGAGAGACCGACGGGAGCGCAGGAAAACGUCUUGAGGCACGUCACGGGCAUGUUGGAGACUCAGCUCCGAGCGACCUGGGAGGGUCAUCGGAGGAGCAGGGAAGCGAAUGCGAAUACGGCUAUCAGCGGGUUUAUCGAUGAUGCCCUGGCUUCACAUGAUCCGACACGGUUGGCGUCGACCGAGGAGAGACAGAAACGGGAGGAUAAUUACGUACAUCUAGACGAGCUGAAGGAGGAAAAGGAAGCGACGACGAAUUCGAACGAUCCGGUAGGGCCGUUACAGGAAGAACCGGGCAAGUUGGAGGAGAUGGCUGGGUCGGCUUGUAAGCGGUUGGCAGGGGUGUUGAGGCAGAUCGAUGGGUUGUGUAUCGUCGACCUGAGGAGCGUCCAGCCGGUGGAUCGUCGCAAGCCCGAAAAGUAUUAUGUCGAUACGGAAUCGCCCUAUCCGACCAACAGCUUGGCCCAUUUCAGGUCUACCGAGGACGUCUUCUUUCCCGAUUUCCGGCAUGUGGAUGCGGCCAAGUCGAUCUCCAAGUACCUGGAGACGUCUUCGUCCCUCCCCAACUUUUCCUUCAAGAGCGGACAUUCGGAAUCGGGCCUGGAGCCGUUCUUGCCCAAGGGGACUUUGGCUCACAUCGCCAUGCCGUUCUUCGUACCCGACGAUCCGCUCUUCAUCAUCAUCGUCACUUCGAGGAAGCCGUAUUAUCGUUUCGACGUCAGGGACGAGAAUAUUGUCCGGACGAUGGGCUCGGUCUUGAGGGCGCAGGCGUUGCAGGCGAGGAUGAUCGCGGCGGAUGCGACCAAGACGGCCUUUCUCUCGUCCAUCAGUCACGAACUGCGUACCCCCAUGCACGGCGUGUUGACCGGGUUACAGCUCGUCAGGGAAGCCGUGAGACGACAGGAAUGGGAUCAGUUGGCCUCGCUGUUGGGCGUGGCCGAGUCGAGCGGCAAGACGUUGCAGCACUUGUUGAACGACGUGCUCGAUUUCGGUUCGAUCGGCAAGAAGGAUCAGAAGAAGAGCAGGACGGCCGAGGUCGAUCUGGCCAGGUCGGCAGAGGAGAUGGCCAUGGCGUGUUCGACGCGGAUGACGAGCGAGGGAGGUGGGGUGGAUUUGAUCGUCGAGUACGAAAAGAGGAACUGGAAGGCCAUGAUCGACGAGGCCGGGUAUCAUCGCAUCCUCAUCAACGGCCUGUCCAACUCGAUCAAGUUUACGAAACAGGGAAGCAUCCGGGUCGUGCUCUCGAUGAGCGACGACCUGAAAAAGGUGACGAUCCGCAUCAUCGACACGGGGAUCGGGAUCAAGGCCAAGUUUGCCCCCAAGAUCUUUGAACCGUUUACGAAGUCCGACUCGUUCAGCCCCGGAGCCGGCUUGGGGUUGUAUAUCACGAAAGGGUUGGUCGAUCGAAUGAGCGGGACGUUGGCACUCAGUCCGAACCCUGCUGGGGGGACUACGUUCGAGGUCGUACUCCCCAUUCAAUUGCUCGAAAUGAACGAAAAGGCCGAGGCGAGGGAGACGGUAGCCAAGCCGAUCAAGGGGUGGCUGACGCAACAGGACGACGCCGUCCCGUCGACGGAGAUGCCGGAUUCGUCUCGCGAUGGGUCUCGGCAACGACCACAACCGCAACAAUCACAACACCCGGAAUCCGACCUCUCGUUCGAAUCCGACAAGGUCCGCGUGCUCGUCGUCGAUGACAACGAUAUCAGCCGCAAGUUGCUCCUCAUGGCCCUCAGAAAGAGUCCUACCAAAGUCUCCACCGCACAAGCCACCAACGGGCAAGAGGCCGUAGACAAGUUUCGCGAUUUCAGGCCCGACCUGGUCCUCACCGACGUCUCCAUGCCAGUCAUGGACGGUCUGACCGCAGCGGGACAGAUGAGAAGGACAGAGAGCGAGUUUGAUACCGUCGAUGCCAAGUGUAGGAUCUUCGCUAUUACCGGCCUAGGCUCGUCGGAUCCACGGUUGCAAAAGGAAGGAGAAGCUUCGUUGGACGGGUGGUUGGUCAAAGGAGAACAUGGACUGGAUGUUAUUUACAAGAUCGUCAGGGAGACGGGGGAGAAGAGGACGGAACACCGGGCGACGCAUAGGGCUGGGCAGGGGGAGAAGCAGGAGAAGAAGGUCGUCGCGGGGGAGAACGACGAGACGGCCGAACGCGAACGUGGGGAACAGAAUAAACCGGAGUCGGAUCGGGAGGGGUGAGGCGCGCAUAUUUAUCGGAUCGAAAUCCUCAUCAUAUACACGGGAUCGAUGGACAAGAUUCACCCAGGAAUCGACGACGAACAAAACAACGCAGUGAAUACAGUAGUGUAUACACCCAACAGAAGGACCAGAGGCCCCCUUUUCGACCAAAGAGAGACCUCUUUUUUUCCUUUUUUCCGCGUCCCGAAUCUACACAUGUUUCUCCCGUUCUUCCCUUUUCAUUUUUUCAUUUUGGGUUUAGCUGCAUUAGCUGGUCAUGUCUUCCCUACUAUACUCCACACUUGAUUGUAUUCGUGUACUGUGUACUACCAGAGACCUGGGCUCUAUCAUUCUUCAUAUGCGCUUACAGUAUGCAGUCGUACCGGGUCAGAAA